CAAAUCUGUCUAUGCUGAAUGUCUUGUGUGGAAACAUUUGGAAUUCAAUUGCUUAUUGGACACCAGUUUAAAUUCCUUUACUGCAUUGAAAAUCCACUGAAGAAAAGUGACAGGACUUUUCAAUUUACUGGUCAAUAAAAACAUUGGAUUAUGUAUGGACACAAGAUGGUUCUCCUCAUCAUGCUAUUGACCCUGUUGACUCCAUAUUGUGAAUCCAGUAGUCUAUCGGUAGACUGUGUACUCGGACAAGGAAAGGGGUGUGGCAGAACUCCUGUAACUAAGCCCCAGGGUGAUGAAGAAGAGGUUACCGUGACAGUCCCCACAGAGAAUGCAGAACAUCAUAGAGACAACUGUACUGAAGAUGAAGUGAAUCAACAGGGAUGUCUUAAUGAUGGAAUCUGCUUUGUUGUCAUCAUUGACGCUAUAAGGAUACUUAACUGCCAGUGUCCAGGAACACAUAUUGGGACGAGAUGUGAACUCUUAGAUUUCCAACCUGGUGGUCAAGAGGAGGGCAAGGACAGAAUAGCCACUGCUGGCGUGGCAGCACUAACUGUAGCAGGAGUGUUGUUUGUCACAAUUCUUAUCUUCAUUGUGAUAUGGAGGAAAAGGUACUUAAGAAAGAAAGAACAGAAUGGAAAUGACAAAGAAAAGCUUCAGGAUACAGUGAAGUCAAAUGGUUCACCAUCAGAAUCUGAAAGUGCAUCAUCAUCUCCAAGAAAGAAUGGUUCCCUUAACAACGAGCAACUUGAGCCACUGCAGAACACAAUCGGCAAAGGCAAAGGCGUACCUGUAUAGGGCACAUGUCGGGGCCGAUGUGUGACCUUGAACAAAAACAGUAUCUAGAUACAGGCUCAGUACCAGGAGUGACCGGUGCUGGACAAGACUGAACUAGACUGGGCUGGCAAUGUUGAUGGGAAAAUGUCUUGGACUAGUGAUUAAUCAAAAUAAAACUCCUCCUAUGACCUCACUUGUAUGAAGGUCAUUUGGAUGACUGGUUUCUAAGUAACAUAAAAUAUCACGAGAAACUGACCAACCUGAGAUGUAAAACAAUGUGGUGCUACCAUGUUUAUCCUCAUCAGUCACCAGAAGGUAUACUGGUGAAAGGAAUGAUGGCACUAGUAAGAUCAAGCAUUAGGCUCUCUUCUUUGGCAGCUUAGACAAUGUGUAGCAAUGACUUCACCCAACCUGUACUACUAAGGUAAAGCUUAUACAAGCGAUAUUAGAAGUAAUGUGAGUUCUGGAAUUAAAAAGAUUGUACGUAAUGUAUAUGGUUAUAUAGAAUUGAUAACUGACCUGGUAUACAUACAUACCUUUACACCCUAUUUCACCUUACUGUAGUGCUUCCUUUAUGUGAUCCCACUGGACCAUGCAACUGGUUCUGAUGUCAGCGAGCCCUGUUUUCAGCAGAUCUGAUGUUGAUGUCAGUGAGCCCUAUGUUGUCAGGGGUUCUGAUGACAGUGAGUCCUGCUGUCAGGAAAUGUGAUGUCAAUGAGCCAUGUUCUCAGAAGUGCUGAUGUCAGUGAGCCCUAUUGUCAGCAGAGCUGAUGUUAGUGAGCCCUUUGUUGUCAGAAGUUCUGAUGACAGUGAGCCUUGUUGUCAGGAAAUAUGAUGUCAGUGAGCCUUGUUGUCAGAAGUGCUGAUGUCAGUGAACCCUGUUGUCAGCAGAGCUGAUGUUAGUGAGCCCAAUUCUAAGCAGUUCUGAUAUCAGUGAGCCCCGUUGUCAGCAGCUCUGAUGUCAGUGAGCCCUCUGUUGUCAACAGUUCUGAUGUCAGUGAGCCCCAUUGUCAGCAGUUCUGAUGUCAGUGAGCCAUCUGUUGUCAGCAGUUCUGAAGUCAGUGAGCCCUGUUGUCAGCAGUUCUGAUGUCAGUGAGCCCUGUUGUCAGCAAUUCUGAUGUCAGUGAGCCCUGUUGUCAGCAGUUCUGAUGUCAGUCAGUUUUGUUGUCAGCAGAUCUGAGAAAUGUGAGGACGGGAUGUGUGCUAGAAUGGUACAAGUGUUCGUAAAUAUUGAAUAUUUUUUUGUUUAUCUGCAUGUAUGAUAUGAAAUUUUUGUAUUUUGUAUUCAAUUUGCAAAACAUUGUCUAUCCAGUUUAACCACCGAAUAUUUCAAGUGCAGAUCAUCCUAUUUAUACUUUUUUAACUUGUAUUCUGUUAAAACUGUUUUAAUUGUACAGCAUAUAGUAGGGAAGGGGACCCUGAAAUGUAUCAAGGAUUGUUACAAGAAAAGGUGUAAAGAAAGAAAAAUGAACUAGAAAUAUUUAUCAUUUAGCUGGAAACUGAUUUGAAUGUGUUGGGGAAAAACAACAAGAAGCUUUAAUCAAUUAUGAAAUUUAGCAUUGUUAAAUUUGCGUCUUGUAAUCUUCAUGAAAUCCAGUUCACUAGCUGUAAUACAAAGGCCUUUGAAAGAUAGAAAACAUGUUUUAAAAAAUGUAGAUGGAAUUAAUGUUUAACUUUGUACCAGCAUGCAUGUGUUUUCAUGAGAGGUUAUAAUUGUUUCAAUAAAGGUCAGUGAUUGAAAGAAAGAUUAUCAUUUGAUAUUAAAGUUUUAAAUCACACCAAAUAUGUUAUAUGUAAUUAAAAAAUCAAAGUAAAAUCUUGCAUCAUUUUAAACUGUUUAACACGCUGGUUUUGUGCGACGCUAACACUGCAGUACAAAGUAUAUGGUUGUGUGUACUUAUCUAUUUGUAUAUGUUAAAGUUUUAUCAUGUGUGAUGUAUUAUGGAAUGUAAGUUUUAUGUGAGCAGUGUGUAUUAUAUUGAGUGUAUAUAGGUAUUGUAUUAUGGAGUAUAUGUGUAUUGUGGUAUUGAGCACAUGUUGUAUGAUAGAGUGUAUGUAUGAUAGAUAUCCUUUACAAGCAAUGUGAUAAUCUACUGGUAUCUCAUACUUAUUUGUGCCAUUUGUUUCAGUCAAUCCCUUUGUUGAUAUUUGUGUGAUAUCGAUUACUUCUGUGUGUACCUUAAGUAAAUAAUAUUCAUUGUAUACUGAAAAAAUGGUACAUUGUUUUAAAAUGCAUUUAUCUACAUUAUUACAGCAAAGACUUUGUUUAUAUAUCAAAAUAUAGACCAAUUUAAUUUUUGUAUUGUCCUUCUCAAUGUGUAUCAUUGUGGCUGUCUUCAUCAGCUGUAAUAGUGUUCUGGCAGUUCAUACUUGUGAUUUACAAAGCUAUUCACAGUCAGUGCAGUAGCCCUAUACAUUAUAAUAAGGAAGAAUUCUAUAGACUCUGGCCAGUGUGGUAUAUGGUUUAACCUGCUGUACUUUCUCAAGUAUUUAGCUGUCAGAUGUUAUGAUGUACCUAUAUCUAAAUACAAAAUCAAUAUAGGUCUGCUACAGGUGUAACCUGUCCUAUCCUUCCAAUUGGAGAUGGUAUACCUGUCAGUCUACUACAGGUGUGACCUGUCCUAUCCUUCCAAUUAGAGAUGGUAUACCUGUCAGUCUACUACAGGUGUGACCUGUCCUAUCCUUCCAAUUAGAGAUGGUAUACCUGUCAGUCUACUACAGGUGUGACCUGUCCUAUCCUUCCAAUUGGAGAUGGUAUACCUGUCAGUCUACUACAGGUGUGACCUGUCCUAUCCUUCCAAUUAGAGAUGGUAUACCUGUCAGUCUACUACAGGUGUGACCUGUCCUAUCCUUCCAGUUGGAGAUGGUAUACCUGUUGGUGUUUUAAGGGUUAACACCUUUCCAAAUUAUACUACAACAACAAUUUAUUUUAUUUUUGUUACCCAUUAAAAUAUGAGUAUAUAUCUCAUUUCUUUUGGACAUUUACAUAAUAGUAUUCAUACUUUGUUAAAAAAAAUAAAUGCAAAACAUAUUCAAACUUGUACAAUGUACUUGUUUCUAAUUCAAAAUUAAGUGAAAAUUAUAUAUCUAGGACAGUCUGUAUAGUAAAUGAUUUACGGUUUUAAUUGCUGGUAUAUUAAUUAUCUCACUACUACUCGUAGCCCCGACACAUGUCAUUUGUAGUCAUCUAUAUGUAUUGUGUCAUGACACCUUGAUAAUUUAAAAUGUUUUCAAGGUCACGAUUGAAGUUUUUACUGAAUUUGUUAGAAAUGUAUAAGUUACAUUUGUGUAUGCUUAUUUAUCUUAUUAUCUGUUUAUGCAUUUUAUCUAGUUUGGCUUUAAUGAUUGAUCGUGAAAUUUCUAUUCCCGUCAGUUGUGAUACAGACGGUACAGAUGAAAUGGUUCGGCACACAGGUCCUUCUGUAACUGAUCAGGUCGACCAAUAGGUACAGUCGAGUUGGUGGUACUAUUGUACACCUUCUGUAUGUCUACAUCAAGGACUCUUGAAUGUUGAUUCCCUAUUGAUUUAGAAGAAGAAAAACUUUAAAAGGCCAUGUACUGUACCAAAUAAAGUUUAUAUAUCGUGUUUAUAUAUAUAUAAAAACAAAACAAAAAAACUUAAUGACAAACUUUCUGCACUUUCACAGCUAUUGUAUUCAGGAAAGUGUUUUUAUGAGAACCAAAAAUUAAUUAUCCAUUUUUUAUUUAAUGUUUUAACUCAAUUUCUGUACCAAGGAUCAUAGGGCUUGAGUGGUAUUGCAAAUAAAAAUACUAAGCCUGCAAAAUGUUAACUUUGUCACAUUACAAUCUUUAAAAUCUGUUGAAUUAACGCAAAUUUGGCUUAUAAAUUUUUUCUCUUGAACCAUGACAAAUCUUAAAUGUCUCAUUUUCUUUUGCCAAAAGUUUUCUUCGAGGAAAUAAAAUGUCCAUAAAAACAAUGGAAAGUGCAUGUAUUUGUGAUCAGAGAUGGUGACGACACUGAUACCCGAUUACAUUGUAUUCUGUCUUUGUUUUAAACGUGUUUCUGUUAAGCCACUGUUAUAUAUAUGUAAAUGUACGUUGUGUUUUAUCAUUCCAUGAAUGCAUGAACCUAUAUUUAUUGAUAUGUAUAUUCUCUAUUUGUACAUCAACCUGUCAUUUGUCUUUUUAAAGUAGGAAUGUAUAUAUCAUAAUGAGGCUGUAUGUCGACUGUAUACAUUUGUACAGCGACAUGAGCAUGUUGACACUUACAGAUCUGUCUUGGUGUAUGAAGUUGUGUUUGUUUUAUCUGGUAACUCCUACUGAAAGUAAACAGUCCUGUAUCUAUACAUAUAUAUGGUGACUCCUAUUGAAGGUAUAAACAGUCCUGUAACCAUGGUAACUCCUUCUGAAGGGAAAAAGUCCUGUGUCCAUAUAUGGUGACUCCUACUGAUGGUAAACAGUCUGUAUUCAGAUUGACUCCUAGUUGUACUGACUGUAAACAGUCCUGUAUCCACGGUGACUCCUAGUUGUACUGACUGUAAACUGUCCUGUAUCCAUGGUGACUCCUAGUUGUACUGACUGUAAACAGUCCUGUAUCUAUGGUGACUCCUAGUUGUACUGACUGUAAACUGUCCUGUAUCCAUGGUGACUCCUAGUUGUACUGACUGUAAACAGUCCUGUAUCUAUGGUGACUCCUAGUUGUACUGACUGUAAACAGUCCUGUAUCCAUGGUGACUCCUAGUUGUACUGACUGUAAGCAGUCCUGUGUCCAUGGUGACUCCUAGUUGUACUGACUGUAAACUGUCCUGUAUCCAUGGUGACUCCUAGUUGUACUGACUGUAAGCAGUCCUGUAUCCAUGGUGACUCCUAGUUGUACUGACUGUAAACUGUCCUGUAUCCAUGGUGACUCCUAGUUGUACUGACUGUAAACUGUCCUGUAUCCAUGGUGACUCCUAGUUGUACUGACUGUAAGCAGUCCUGUAUCCAUGGUGACUCCUAGUUGUACUGACUGUAAACGGUCCUGUAUCCAUGGUGACUCCUAGUUGUACUGAACUUUCAUGUUGAGUUACAUCAGCAGUACUUUGUUCUAUUAUUGAUUGAAUAUUGGGAUGUGGUUAUAGAUGGUUUUUGGGUGUUUUUAACAAGGUCAGAAUAUUGAUUAAGGUAUAAGAUCUCAGGGCCUUGUGGUUAUUUGAAAGGUGUAUUUUAGAUAUUUUGGCCAAUUUAACUCUUUCAAAGGUAAAUCUUGGUCAAUGUCUUUCAUUUGAACAAACUUAUUAGCCUUCACCAAAGCCUGCUGCAAGCCAAAUAUCAGGUUCUCUUGACGUUUUGGUUAUUGAAGAGAAGUCAUGGACAUAUUUUAGUCUAUUUGACCCCUGUGACCUUGCAGGAAGGUCAAGGUCAUUUAUUUGAACAAAAUCGGUAGCCCUUGAACCCAGCAUGCUACAGACUCAAUAUCAAGUCCCUGGGGCUUUUGGUUAUUGAGUAGAUAUUUUAACCUAUUUGACCCCUGUGACCUUGAAAGUAGAUGAACUUCAUUCAUUUGAACACAGUUGGUAGCCCCUCAUCCCAGCAUACUACAGGCCCAGUAUUAUUUGGUAGGUUUCUGGGGCUCUUUAAGUUGACGACAGAAGACGCACCAUGGCUCAUCGGGCAGGUGAUCAAAAAAAUCAUGAGAGUUUGAGUACCUAGAUAAAACAAAUAUCAGCUAGUGUCUUGAUAUACAAGUUUAUUUAGGAUUGGCAUAUCAUUACAUCAGGUGAUAAGGUUAAUGGAGGGACUCAUUGUCUUCCUAAGUAACACAGGUAUGAUAAGACACUGAGAGGAAAUUGUCCUUGUAUACACUGAAAUAUUUAUCAAUAAACAGUAUGUUUUGUUA